AUGUUACCGGCUGGCUAUUCUGGUUUAUGCUUGUUUGAGGAUCUUUUCCUAUUUUUGAUGAAGGUGUUUGUAACUGCAUAUGCAGACACAGAAGGUUCUGCUUGGGAGAUUGAAGCAGCUCCAGAUCAGUUGGUAGCUGGGGAACAAGUAGAGAUGAUAAGGGUGGAAGCAAUGAAGCUUGGAACAAAACUGAAGCUUCAUCAGAGAAUGAGACCCCGUGGUUUACUGAAUCCUGUUGGAAUUGAGCUUGAGGAUGUCGCUAUACUUCUCAUGGACUAUGGAUUCCAUGGCCAAUUCCGGGGUGGUCUCAGUAAAGGUUACAAGCAAUCCAUAUCAGAGACGGAACUUAAAGAUGAUACAUAUAAAGAUGAUGGACUUGCAUUAUUUCGUGUUCAAGGUAGUGGACCUGAUAAUAUGCAAGCAACUCAAGUUGAACCGAGCAACAAUUGUCCUGAUGAUGUUUCUUUAAAAGCUGCAGUCACCUCUUCUUGGUUGUCUGUUGUACUUUACUUCUCUUUUAAUGAUCACUCAAGAUUAGUCGCUUCUCUUGCAUUGAAUUCCACUACACCUGAUGCAUCUGCAGAAUUUAGCUAUAACGCUUCUGAAAUGGAUACACAUUUUGUCAUUCCAUACAAUCUUCUGUGUGUGAAUUUCAUAGAGCAUGUUAGGCAUCUUGGACUUGAAGAUCAAGUUGCCAACUGUAGUUAA